AUGUAUCUCGGCUGGAUUGAUUAUGGAGUGUUAGUUAUUCUUUUGGGUUUAUCAGCAAUUAUUGGCAUCUAUCAUGGUUGUAUUCGGUCAAAACAAUUAUCUACUAAGGAAUUUCUUAUUGCUGAUGGACAAAUGAAAGUAUUACCUACUGCAAUGAGUUUCUUAGCUAGUGUACUGUCCGCAGCAACUUUACUUGGAGGUCCAGUUGAAACUUAUGCAUAUGGGACAAUGUAUCUUUAUUGGAUUUUCGCUGCGCUUAUUGGUACUUACUUUACAGUAACUUUAUUUAUUCCAAUGUUUCAUCAAAUAGGAAAUUAUAGUGUAUAUGCUUAUCUUGAGCAACGUUUUUCAUUAACAGUUCGAAUUGUUGUAACGAUUAUUUUUAUUUUAAACAAUACGAUUUAUAUAGCUGUUAUUCUCUAUGGACCAAGUUUAGCAUUAAGUCAAGUAACUGGAUUAGAUAUAUGGUUCGCAAUUGGUUCAUGUGGAAUUAUUUGUACACUUUAUACAAGUGUUGGUGGAAUGAAAGCAGUUAUAUGGACUGAUGUUGUACAAACAAUAGUGAUGUUUCUUGGACUAAUUUUAUCAAUUAUAUUCGGAUUUAUUGAUGUUGGUGGAGUGAAAAAGGUAUUUGAAAUUGCAAUAGAUGGUAAUCGAAUACAAUUAGCGAAUAUGACAUUUAACUUAUCAAUACGAUACACUGUUUGGAGUACUCUUAUUGGAGGUGGUUUGUAUACGACAGCUGCAUUUUCAUGUCUUCAAACUCAAGCACAACGAUAUAUGUGUGUAAAAAGUACACGAGAUGCACAAAAAGUCGCUUGGAUAAAUAUUAUUUUAAUGGCAAUAAUAUAUUUAUUUUGUGGAUGUAUUGGAUGUAUUCUCUAUGCUAAAUAUAAUCAAUGUGAUCCUCUUCAAGCUAAACUUAUUUCUAAACCAGAUCAAGUGAGAAAAUAA